CAUGUUCUUUUACACCACACCCUUCAGUUUUCUCUCUCUCUCUCUCUCUCUCUCUCUCUAGUUUCAGUGUUCUGUUUCAUCUUCGUCCUCGAAAAUGCUGGCACGCCUCGCCGCGAAUCGCAUCAACGAGAUCCGUCAGAUUUUCCGUCAGCCUUCGAGGGCUUUCUCAACGGCUCUGAACUAUCACCUUGACUCUCCCGACAACAACCCCGAGCUUCCGUGGGAAUUCAGCGAUGCUAACAAAGAAAAGGUUAAGGAGAUUAUAUCUCACUAUCCAUCCAACUAUAAGCAAUCUGCAGUGAUCCCUCUGCUGGAUCUUGCCCAGCAGCAGCAUGGGGGCUGGCUUCCUGUUUCAGCAAUGAAUGCGGUGGCUAAGACUAUAGAGGUUGCUCCUAUUCGGGUAUAUGAGGUUGCCACAUUUUACUCAAUGUUCAAUCGAGCCAAGGUUGGGAAGUACCAUUUGUUGGUUUGUGGAACAACACCUUGUAUGAUACGAGGUUCACGGGAGAUUGAGGAAGCUUUAUUGAAACACUUGGGAGUGAAGCGCAAUGAAGUAACACAAGAUGGUUUGUUUUCUGUUGGAGAAAUGGAAUGCAUGGGAUGCUGUGUGAAUGCUCCUAUGAUUACAGUGGCUGAUUACUCAAAUGGAUCCGAAGGAUAUACUUAUAAUUACUAUGAAGACGUAACCCCAAAGAGAGUAGUUGAGAUAGUGGAAAUGCUGAGAAGGGGUGAGAAGCCACAGCCCGGCACACAAAAUAAAGGGCGGACGAACAGUGGACCUGAAGGAGGUAAUACUACUUUGUUAAGUUCUCCCAGUGCUCCUCAAUGCCGUGACCUCGAUGCCUGCUGAAAUGUGUUACAUUUUUUGCCUUCAAUAAUAUGAGGCUUGCAUGCCUUGAUCGGAACAUUGUCGAAUUGUUACAUGCUCAACCAUUUUUUGUGUUAACCUACCAGGAUGGCUUCCGAUUAAGUUAUCUGUUCCAUAAAAAGCCAUUGGUCUCUUUGCUUGUUUACAUCAGUGUUGUCUAUGUUUUUCUGUACUCUGUUGUACAUUAAUCAUCAUGAAUGAAAUUUGAGAUUCCAAUGUCAUC